CCCGCAGUUUGUGAUCAAAAAAUUUCGACACGAAUACCGUAUUUAAAUAUAUAAAAUGCAGUGUCGUGCGUGCUUAAAGACACUCUCACUCAACUACAAAAAUAUAACUCUGCUGGAUGAACUCAACAUUAUGUACUAUAAUAAAAUCACUGAUCUAAAUAUAUCUUUGGGUGAUAGAAUGCCACAACAGCUGUGUCAAAAGUGUGCAAAAGUUCUUAAAAAUUGUUAUGAAUUCAGAGAAAAAUGUAUAGCUUCUAAUUCCAUACUAAUGAGUGCUCCAACAUUGGUUCAUGAGUUGUCAACUAUUAUCCACAUUAAGCAAGAGCAGGGAGUUGAAAAUGAAAAGAAGUAUCUUACUGAUGUACAUAAUAAACAAGAAAUAGAACUGAAGGAUGAAUUUAUUGAUUCAGAAUACAAUGAGUUACCAGAAAACAAUAUUGAUUAUGAUUAUGUGCCUGGCUCCAAACCUACCAAUAUUGCGGAAAGUACACAUAAAUCAAUUAAAGAAAUGACUAGAAAAAAGUCAUUAAGAGCAAAACCAAAAAAGGUUAACUCGAAUAGUAAUGGGUCUCUAAUUAGAAAAUAUGACUGUGGACUGUGCAUGGAAAAGGUAGAGAAAGAUAAGUUGUGUAAUCAUGUCAAAAGCCAUGAGAAAAGCAAUUCUUGUGGCAUAUGCCCUGUUUACUUUCAAGACUCUGAGUCGUUGCUGCAGCAUAGAAUUUCACACUUAAAGAAAGCAAAUUUUAUAUGUCAUAUAUGUUUACAUAUUCUACAGAACUCAGAAUCCUUAGAAUUUCAUUACGACAUAAAACAUUUUUCUAAGAACAAAGAUCGUGUUAAAUGUAUACAAUGUGAUAGGAGUUUUACGACAGUAAAAAAUUUUAGAAAACAUUGGAAAUCACUACAUUCUGGUCAAAAAUUUAAAUGUAAAGUAUGUUCUGAAGAAUUUCCAACUGCAAACACCCGAAACUAUCACAUACAUAAACAUCAUAAAUUGAAGAAAAAAAUAUUUUGUGACAACUGUAAUUAUUCAACUGAAAUAAGGGCUAACUUAGUGCGGCACCACCUACGCGUACAUACCGCUGCAGCCGAGAAGGUAUUCUGUAAAUUAUGUAAGGCGCAGUUUGUGAACGAGAGCGGACUCAAACUACACCAGUGCCAGUACAGCACCCACUCUAUAUGCCCCAUCUGUGGCGUUGUGUUUGAAGUGCCAGUAAAGUUAAAGGAACAUCUAGCGACGCACAGCGACGAGCGCAAGUAUAAGUGUGACCGCUGCGACGUCGCCUACAAGUCGCGAGGCGCGCUGCGUAUACACACGAACAAGCACGACGGUAUCCGCCCUCACAAAUGCGAGUACUGCCCCGCCGCCUUCUGGGCGCCCAGCACGCUUAUCAAACACCGCCGGACCCACACUGGUGAGAAGCCAUAUGUGUGUGAAGUGUGUAACAAAGGUUUCACUGGUAACCACAACCUUAAACUUCAUAUGCGAGUGCAUGGAGUCUAUAAUCUCAUAAAGAAAAAGGGUACUGAAGAGGUGUCCAUGGAAAAUGUUCAAGAAUGUAACAAAGGAAGUCAUGUUCACUAUUAAUACUCUAUUCAGGUAUAUAAUAUAAUACGUCGGUAGACCGUGCUCUGUCAAUAAAAAUCUCACAAAUGUA